GAACAAUCAUUGACAUAUUGUGAACUCCUGUAUUAUGUUCAAGUGUUAUCGUUAACUCUUCUCAAUGAAUAUCAUGUGUUUCCAGGUGAGGUCGUGUGUCAGUAUGUUGAGAGAAGUUUGUCAAUGGUAAGUUAACUAAGACAAGUAACUACUGAUGUGAAUAUGAGAUUGAUUGUUGACUAGGUGAUUGGUAUAAUGGGAAUUGAAAUGGCUGGUGGUGUUUAUUGUGCAUUGUCACCUCGAGAUCCGGAACAUCGUUUACAUGCACUUACAAAACAAACACAAAGUCGUCUUGUUCUUGUUCAUCAUUUUACAAAAACUAAAUUCGGUAGUAGUUUUAUUUUGUUUGACAUUAGUUUGGCUUUGUCUAGCAGCAAUGCGGACAGAGAAAAUGAUAUUAAUGGACUGGAAAAUGUAUCAACUACACCUGAUCAUAUAGCUUAUAUCAUUUUCACAAGUGGUUCUACUGGAGCACCAAAAGCGAUCCAAAUUCGACAUCGAAAUAUCAGUCAGGAUAUGGAAUCUAUGAGUUUUAUUGAUGCAGUUAACAGCAAUGACAUAGUUGCACAAACUGUACGUUGUUCUUUCGACGUUCAUCUUUUGGAAAUUAUAGGAACACUCAUACUUGGUGGAACACUCGUUAUGCUUCGCCCUGAGGGAAUUUUAGAUCUUCAGUAUUUUAGUUCAGUAAUAAAAGAAAAACAGAUUACCUGUAUACAAGCUGUUCCAAGUCUAUUUCGAACCCUAUUCAGCUUUUUUAUAGAAACGUGCCAAUCAAUUCACAAUUUAUGUUUAAGAUCUCUUUGCAUAAGUGGUGAAGCUUUCACUUCUGAUCUAAGUAAAGUACUAACAAGCUAUAUAGCAGAAAAAUGUCUCAUAUGGAAUAUAUACGGUCCAGCAGAAACAAUAAAUUCCACGUUUCAACGUAUUUAUCCAGCCGCAAAGACAACAACGAUUCCAAUUGGUUUACCAAUGCCGAAUUAUCUAUGUCUCAUCUUAGACCCAUAUAUGCAAGGUGUUCUCAUAAAUGGAGAAGGCGAACUGUACCUAGGAGGAGUGGGUGUCUUUUCUUCUUACCUUGGACGUGAUGAUUUGACAUCACAAGCUCUUAUCGAAAUAGAUCAUGAAUUAUUUUAUCGAACAGGUGAUCUUGUUACAAUGGAGUCUGAAGGUUUACUCCAUUAUCAAGGAAGAAAAGAUCAUCAAAUCAAACUUCAUGGGCAAAGAAUUGAACUUGGUGAAAUCGAACGAUGUUUACUUAACAUUACAUCCAUAUCUGCUUGUGUUGUCAUAAAAUGGAAUGUUGAUUAUUUAGUUGCUUAUGUUCAAUCAUCUCAUGUCAAUGAGGCACAACUACAUCAACAUUGUCAAUCUCAUAUUCCACCACAUAUGAUUCCCUCAAUAUUCAUUAUACUUGAUAAACUACCGUUGAAUCAAAAUGGAAAAAUAGAUCGAAAACUUCUUCCCCCACCUCAAUUCUCAUCAACACAUCUCGCAAAUAGUAAAGAACUAUUACUACCGACAAACGAUAUUGAAGUUAGUAUUCAUCAUAUUUGGUGUGACAUAUUCAAACAAACUCACAUCUCAACUGAUACAAAUAUAUUUACCAUUGGUGGUCAUUCAUUGCUUACGAUGCAACUAUUCCAUCAGUACAAGAUCCACUUUCAUUUAGAACAAAACCAAAAUACUCUCUCCAUUUCUAAUCUAUUUCAACAUCCAACAAUUAUUCAUCAUGCUCAACUUGUUCAACAAUCUAUCAAUAUCAUCCUCACCCUCGAUGAUUAUCUUUGGUCACCAUUACAUCUCACUCAGGCUAGAGCAUCAUUUGCACAAGAACGUAUCUUCUUAGAUGAACAAAUUCGUUUUUCACCCAACCAAAUAACCAUAAAUAAUAUGUAUGUUGUUCCACUACUUUAUCGUAUAUCAUCUAUGAAUGAUCAUAUAUCAAUGAGUCAAUUACAUCAUGCAGUUCAAAGUGUUAUCACAAAACAUAAUAUUCUUCGAACAGCACUUUAUAUGGAUACAAACGGCCAUAUUAUACAACAUUGUCUAGAUACAAACACCAUUCCCGAUGAUCAUAUGAAAUCACAUGGAUUGACAAUCGUUAAUGUUCAUAAUGAUGAUCGACAUCAUAUGAAUGAAGUUAUUGAGGAAAUAUUAAACCAAGCUGAUUUAUUUGACUUAUCAAAAGGACACGUGCUUCGUUGUCAUAUUCUACGUCAUUAUCAUCAAUCUCAAGAUAGUAUCUCAUAUGAGAAUGAUGAUCUAUUAGGCGAAAAUGAUCACAUCUUGAUUAGUAUUCAUCAUGCAAUGUUUGAUGGAGCAUCAAUUCCAAUUUUCCUCCGCGAUCUUUCUCUUGCUUAUCAAUCUGAUGAUUCAUUAUUUGUCGAUGAUAAUCUACUGAACUGUAUAGAUUAUUCUGUUCAUGAACAUAUCAUGGAUAUGUCAUUAUCUCGUGAGUUCUGGCAUUCUCAACUUGAAGGAUAUAAUAUCGAAUGUUCAUUAUCAUUACCGUUUGAUCGACAACGUUCAUCAGCUAAUCAACAACGAUCAGGUGUAGCAUCCAUAGCUGAAAUCACUUUCGAUAAUGAAGUAUGCACAUCAUUUCUAAAUUAUGCAUCAUCACAUCAUGUCACACUAUUUCAACUUGGAUUAUCUAUAUUUUAUGUCUUUCUAUUCAAACUAACUCAUGGUGAGACUGAUCUAUGUAUUGGUUCCAUUAAUGCUAAUCGAUAUCGAAGUGAAUUAGUGAAUAUGAUAGGAAUGUUUGUAUCAACAUUGCCAUAUCGUUUAGAAAUUGAUUCUCAUUGGUCAUUUGAUGAACUUGUUAGAUAUGUACGAGAAAAAUGUUUAUCAAUUCUUGAACAUUCUCAGUAUCCAUUACAACAUAUUCUUGGUGAUAAUCAACUAAAUCAAUCGAAUGGAUCAUUUCUUGAGACAAUGUUUGAUUUUAUUACUGUAUCGAAAGAUAUGAGACAUUUAAGUUUGAGUGAUGCAAAUUUAGAACAAAUGGCAUUAGAACAAUCAGCUCAAGUGUCGAAAUUUGACUUUUCAUUAACAUUUGAAUACAAUCCAUUAUCAGACAACAAGAGAUUAUCAUGUUGUUUUGUUUGUUCACAUGAUUUGUUUGAAAAAUCAACUAUUUCAAAAGUAGCUCAAAGAUUUCAAUACAUGUUUGAGCAACUGUUUCGAAUACAACCAAGCAACAGUCCGGUGGUGAAUGUGAGUUCAUCGAUUAACAACGUCUCUUUUAUUCUUCCUGAAGAAGCUGAAGAAAUGGAAUUAGUGGUGUUUCAUCGAUUGGAGAAUAUUGUCAAUGAAGCACCAGCAUCAUUUGCACAAGCUCGUAUUUGGCUUGACGAAAGAAUUCGAUUCGAUACAGACAAGCCUCAAACAGCAAUCUAUAAUAUGCCUUUUGUUUAUCAUCUUCAAUCAGAUCAUACUUUAUCCAUUACACAACUUCGUCGUGCUCUUCAUCUCACUGUUAACAAACAUCCCUCACUUCAUACAUCACUUCAUUUCGACAUCCAAAAGAAUCUACUUAUACAACGAGUUCUUACUCAUGAAGAUAAAAAUAAUAAGAAUAAUAUGUUUUCAAUCAUCGAAACUAUUUAUGAAACAGAUGAACAACUCAAUGAAAUUUUACAUGAUGAGAAACGUAAUCCUCAUCUUUUUGAUCUUGCUCAAGGUCUUGUCUUUCGAUGUCAUAUUAUUUAUUAUAAACAAAUCUCUUCAAAUCAUCUUCUUUCCCACAAGGAUCUACUUAUCUUCAACUUUCAUCAUGCUCUAUUUGACUUUCCAUCAAUGAAUAUCUUUCUUCAUGAUCUCAAUCAAGCAUAUACAAC